GAGCGGGAGGAGAGGAGCGGGGGGAAGAGCGAGCGGGGCGGGAGCCGCUGCCAUGGUGCCGCUGCUCGCUCGCCGCGCGUUCCUSUGGGGGCGCCGGCGGCUCCCCCGUCCCGCCGCGGCUGCCCAAGGUGUCCGCCGCCUCUCCCUGUUUCCCGGCCGCUCCUCGCGGGGCCGUCCCGCUGAGCCCCCUCUCUCCCCUCCUCUCUCCGCUCCUCUCCCCACAGCUCCGGCAGCGGCGGCGGCGCGGCUCUGCUCGGGCGCCGGGGGCGAGGCGGAGGCGGCCGGCGGGGACGGCGCGAUGCUGCGGCACCUGGCGCGCAAGCUGCGGGCCAGCGGGCCGGUCACGGUGGCCGAGUACAUGCGGGAGGCGCUCACCAACCCCGGGCAGGGUUACUACACGCGCCGCGGCGGCGUCGGCGAGAGCGGAGACUUCAUCACCUCUCCUGAAAUAAGUCAGGUGUUCGGAGAGUUAAUAGGAAUAUGGUACAUUAGUGAAUGGAUGGCCAUGGGCAAACCAAGCACCUUGCAGCUGGUGGAGCUGGGCCCAGGGAGGGGCACCCUUACUGAGGAUAUAUUGCGGGUCUUCAAGCAGCUCGCCUCUGUUCUUGGUAAAUGUGAUGUCUCUGUUCAUCUGGUAGAAGUGAGCCCCAAACUCAGCGAGAUCCAAGCAGUGACGUUGACAGGAGGGAAGGUGCAGCCAAAUCCUGAGGACAAGUCUGCUUACAUGGAAGGCAUUAGCAAGAAUGGAAUUCCCAUUUUUUGGUACAGCAACAUUCAAGAUGUGCCACCAGGUUACACCUUUUACCUCGCACAUGAGUUCUUUGAUGCUCUGCCAAUACAUAAGUUUCAGAGAACGGAGAAAGGCUGGCGUGAGGUGUUGGUUGAUAUUGAUCCAGAAGUUCCUGACCAGCUGCGGUUUGUCCUCUCUCCAUCCAGGACUCCUGCAACACAAAACUUUAUUCAGCCAGAAGAAACAAGAGAUCACGUGGAAGUGUGUCCUGAGGCUGGUGUCAUUGUUCAGAGGCUUGCCUCUCGGAUAGAGAAGGAUGGUGGGGCUGCUCUGGUUGCAGAUUAUGGCCAUGAUGGAACCAAAACUGACACUUUCCGGGGUUUCCGGAAUCACAAACUUCAYGAUGUGCUGAGUGCUCCAGGUACAGCAGACCUGACAGCAGAUGUUGAUUUCAGCUAUCUUCGAAAGAUGGCACAGGGAAGAACAGCUACAUUAGGCCCCAUAAAACAGCGGGAGUUUUUAAAGAACAUGGGCAUUGACCUCCGAUUGCAGGUGCUCCUGCAGAACUCAGGUGACACAGCAACUCGUCAGCAGUUGCUUCACAGCUAUGAUAUGCUGAUGAAUCCCGAGAAGAUGGGGGACUGUUUUAAUUUUUUUGCUCUGCUGCCUCACCACAGACUUGUACCUCCUGACAAGAAAGAUAAAUCAAAGUCUCCCUCACCACCUGUUGCUGGAUUUAAUGAACUGUUACUAAAGUAAUUUCAAAUACUGUCACAAAAUAUUGUGAUUGCUGUUUCAGAGUGAGUGGGGUGCAGCCCACUAAACCUCUCGACUGACCUACUCAAAGGAGUAUGAGUGGAAAUAAACCACUGCACAUACAGAAACCAGCACACAGAGAACAGAGAAUGGACAAGUUUGGGGGUCUUUGAUGGAACUGAGUGAAAUAUUUAUAGUGGAAUCAAAACCUGUCAGUAACAAACAGAUGCACUGAGGAGUCUUUAAAUGUAUUCAAGCUUUGGUAUCUGAAUAAAAUCAAGAUGCCUUGACAUCUUUGAGGAUAUUUUUUAAAGAGAAUGGAUGCACAUAGAAGGGAGUUCCUGCCAGCAGAAUUUCCACAGGAGGACAUACCUAAUGACAAAUCACAAACAAGAAAGUAUAGAACCAUUUACUCCUAAGGACAUUUGAUAGGAGACAUUUACAUAAACAAAAAGAACAA